CUGGGGGGCCCCAAUAUAUGAGUGAAAGAUAUCAUGACAGCAUGACAAUUGUGAGACGAUUCGGAAAACCGGAUCUUUUCAUUACUAUGACGUGCAACACUAACUGGUCGGAGAUCAAACAAGCCCUGUUGUCAGAUCAAUAUCCUAACGACAGACUAGAUUUUCUCGCGCGAGUGUUCAAAGGUUAUCUUGCACAGCUGAUUGAUGAGAUAAAGAACAAACGGAUCUUUGGUAGGGUGAGUGGAAUGUUGUAUGUGGUGGAGUUUCAAAAAAGGGGUCUACCACACGCACAUAUAUUGGUUAUCCUGCAUCCGGAUGAUAAAAUUCGGGAUGCGGAUGCUGUUGACAAUGUGGUGUGUGCCGAGAUUCCUCCGGAAGGGGAAUUGAGAGAAAAGGUAGCCAAGUUCACGUUACAUAGGAUUUGUGGUGCGGAGAAACGCGAUGCUUCGUGUACAGAGGAUGGAGAAUGCACAAAAGGGUUUCCGAAAAACUCCAUUUCCACAACGACAUUCAAAGACGAACAAAUGUACCCUUCGUAUAGGAGAAGGAAACCAAGUGACGGUGGUUUUACGAUUGUUCAAAAUGGUGUCGUUUACGACAAUCGUUGUGUGGUCCCGUAUAACCCGUACUUGCUAAUGAGGUUUAAUUGCCACUUGAAUGUUGAAUAUUGUGCUAACAUCAAGGCGUGCAAGUACGUGUAUAAGUACGUGUACAAAGGGUGCGAUCGUGCUAUGGUUUACGAGCGGGAUAAUAAUGCGCCCAUCGAUAAAGUUAAAUUGUAUCAAGAUAUGCGUAUUGUAGGUGCAUGCGAAGCAUGCUGGCGUCUAUUUGAGUUUGAUGUUGCGGAACAAUGGCCCGCGGUGGAAAGAUUGCCCGUGCAUCUCGAAAACAUGCAAAAAGUGCAAUUCGAACCUGACACUGAGCAUGAGGUUGUUUCGCAUGAACCCCCGAAAACGAAAUUGACGGCAUGGAUGGAACAGAACUCUUUGAAUGAAGGUGUUCCUAAAGAGGAGCUUCCUCUUUACGCAGAAAUCAUUAAUACUCAUGUACGGGAUAACAAAUAUAAGAAGUGGAACCGAAGAAAGCGUGAUCUGCACGGUGGUCCAUUCGAGAAGAUAUCUCGGUUGCAUCACGUGAGGAUCACCGAAGGGGAACGACCCGUGUAUGUUCGAUUAGGCCUUUUGCAAACAGACGAUGCAUACUAUCAAUGCAUCGACACAGCUGUGGCGCAUUACAUGCCUGAAGAAGUUCGUAAAAUAUUUGUUAUGGUUCUCACGUUUGGUCCUGUGAACGAUCCAGUCCGUUUCUUUGAACGACAUUGGGAUAAGAUGUGUGAUGAUUUUCAAUAUCGUGCAGACAACGAAAUUGUUCCUACGAACAUUUUGCAAUCCUUAGUGUUAUUCUAUCUUGACCGUAUUUUACAGGAGACUGAAAAAAGCAUCCGUCAAUUCUGCCUUUAUUAUCUAACACCCGACGGGGAAUCACUUGCUGAGAACAUAACCAGACAUUACGAGAAGAGAACUGUAUCCUCAAUUGUAAACGACGAGUUAUCGUGUGAUCCGAUUCAAAUGCAACGCAAAUAUGAUUCUAAUUUUCGACGUCUUCGUCCACGUCAACGAGUGUUGGAGGAAAGAGUCGUUCGGGCUGUGCAAGACAAAAGACCUUUGCGUGCUUUUGUCGAUGCACCAGCUGGAACAGAAAAGACUUUUUGCAUUGCAACUAUUUUGGAGGGCAUCAGGUCCCGUUCUGCUAUUGCGCUGUCGUCGCGUCCAGUGGCAUAACGACGACUCUUUUGACGGGGGGUCGCACGUUUCACUCCCGAUUUCACGCACCUUUGAAACAUGAUAACACGCGU